AUGGCGAACUUUGUGUACAAUAGCCAACUCGACGCCUUUGAACUCUUCCAUCUGGUCCAAGAAGAGGAUGUUGUUCGCUCGUCUGCACGACCACCGAGGUCCCAUGCCCUGGAGGCUCUAGGCCACGCCCUCUCGGGCUCCUUCGGCGCUGCCAUCUCCAAUGCCGCGCUCUACCCCGUUGACCUCAUCAUAACGCGCCUCCAGAUACAGCGCCAACUCCGCAAAGACCAGUCGCGGCCUGCCCAGGAGGAAUAUAAAGGCUUCUUUGAUGGACUCCAGAAGAUCUACCACAAAGAAGGGGGAAUAGCAGGAUUAUACACGGGCCUGCUGCAGGAUACCGGCAAGACCAUCGUGGAUUCUUUCUUGUUCUUUUUGCUAUACUCGUUCUUGAGGGAUCGGCGGAUCGCUAAACACGCAAGGCUGAAUGGCGGCAAGAAAGUCAGUCUGCCUGCGUUAGAAGAGUUGGGUGUUGGAUUCGUUGCGGGGAGUUUCACGAAGUUGGCAACAACCCCGAUUGCGAAUAUAGUCACACGGAAGCAAGCGGCGGCGUUGCUGACGGCGUCGGAGGCAGGCGAACAAACAAGGACGCCCACCGCGCGACAAAUCGCCCGAGACAUCCUCUCGGAGAAAGGUGCUCUUGGGUUCUGGUCCGGCUAUUCGGCGAGUUUAGUCCUCACGCUCAAUCCGACACUCACUUUCUUUCUGUUUGAAACGCUCAAGAAGGUUCUCCUUCGCAGAGAGUCACGUCACAAUCCACCACCGAGCCUCACAUUUCUGCUAUCCGCCAUCAGCAAAGCUUGUGCCUCUUCAAUUACAUACCCUUUUAGCCUGGCGAAAACUCGCCUGCAAGCCGGCGGUGCGUCGUCGAAAAAAGAGGAGCAGGACGAAAAAGAAGUCAUCAGCGAAGAUUUCAAACAUGAAGAAACUCGGAAAGCCGCCCGAGCCACAAUCUUCAGCACCGUCCUCACCAUUGCGCAGACGGAAGGUAUCAGCGCCCUUUACGAGGGCUUACAUGUUGAGGUACUGAGGGCCUUCUUCUCCCAUGGAAUCACCAUGCUGGUGAAGCAGAUCAUCCAACGCUUCCUCGUCAAAGCCUACUACCUCGUGUCCAUCGUUCUCGGACGUUACAAGAAGCGCCGCGAGGCAAGUGCAAAGCGCCUUGCAGAAAAAGCCAAAGCCAGUGUCGAAUACUACAAUCUCGCAAUGGCACGGGCGUCCGAGAAGAUUGAGGCGGCGGCCGAGAAAGUCAAGGAAAGUGUCGGAACGAAAGCAAAUGAGACGGCGGAAUUUGUGGGAGAGUACGUGGAAGAGGAUGACGAGCUCGGGGAGAAAUGGAAGGAGCUGUAUGGGACGGUGGGAUUGGCCCGAUGGUUCGACAAGUCGAGUGACGAGAGGUGA